GAGCUGAUGAGAUCUGGGGCUACGGCAGCCAUAGCGUUUUACAACUUGAGCUAAACGGGUGUAGAGCGGACUCCAAGCAAGGAUUUGUGUUCUGUCUGAUCUCAGGCCCUAUAAGAUUUGGAUAUGUCCUUCAUAUUUGACUGGAUUUACAGUGGUUUCAGCAGUGUGCUACAAUUUUUAGGGUUAUAUAAGAAAACUGGCAAAUUGGUAUUUCUUGGAUUGGACAAUGCAGGGAAAACAACAUUGCUACACAUGCUAAAAGAUGACAGACUUGGACAACAUGUCCCAACAUUACAUCCUACUUCAGAAGAACUAACUAUUGCUGGCAUGACCUUUACAACUUUUGAUCUUGGUGGGCAUGUUCAAGCUCGAAGAGUGUGGAAAAACUACCUUCCAGCUAUCAAUGGCAUUGUAUUUCUGGUGGAUUGUGCAGACCAUGAAAGGCUAUUAGAAUCUAAAGAAGAACUUGAUUCACUAAUGACAGAUGAAACCAUUGCUAACGUGCCUAUACUGAUUCUUGGGAAUAAGAUUGACAGACCUGAAGCCAUCAGUGAAGAGGGGUUACGAGAGAUAUUUGGUUUAUUUGGUCAGACAACAGGAAAGGGCAGUGUGUCUAUGAAAGAACUGAAUGCGAGACCCUUAGAAGUUUUCAUGUGUAGUGUGCUUAAAAGACAAGGUUAUGGAGAAGGCUUCCGCUGGAUGGCACAGUACAUUGACUAACACCAACCCAUAUCAAGUUCCAGGUCCUGCCAUGGAGACCUGCUCAGAGAUUUGAUCACUCAACAUGCAUAACUUGAAUAGACUCUUAUUGGCUAGAAAAUGGAUGAUUUUUAGAUUAUUAAUAUCAUACCAACUUAAUUUGUGGGACAAUUGAAAACUGAUUCAAAGGAAUUUGAGUGUGACAUUGUUAGCUUUCUAAUUCCAUAAAGAUAAUUUGUUUUUACAGUUUGUAAUCUGACAUUACCCCCAGCGCCAUUUUUAAAGAGCGAAUUUCCAGAAGUACAUCUGAAGCACUUUUUAACAACAUGAAGCUACAAAUAUAAAAACUCAUCAUGUUAAAUUUUUUAUGUACUUUUUGGAACUAGUUUUUAAAUUUUAGAUUAUAUGCUCACUUAAUAUAGUUAAUAAUUAGCUUAUUGGUGAUUGCAUGAUGCCUUACAAUUUCCAAAAAUAUUUUUUCUUAUGCAAACGUCAUGCAAUAAAACAAACUCUAAAUGUUUGGCAUUCAUAUUGGGCAAAUGUUUUAUUUUAAUGUGUCUUACCUAGUUGGUAUUCUCUGAGGUUAUGAGUAAUUAAUAUUACACAAAAGAGGGGUUGUUGGGAAAGGAGAUUAUUUCAGAAUAUUUAGAGUAAUGCUUAAGUCCCAAGAGGCAUUUGUAUUUACCAGGAGACAAUUGUGUUUGGUUUAUCUUUGAAUCAUGUAUUUUUAUUAGUAGCACUGUCUUUAUCAGAGCUGAUGGGUUCCAUAUUUUAGUUCCUGUGGGAUCAGCCUUAUUAAGAAUAGCACAGCUUAUAGUAGAACACAAGAUUAAUUUUUGUUUGAUAGAUCCUAUAGCUCCAUUCCAGUUGUCUAAUUUUGAAGGUCUCAAAACUUCUUGGUGCCUGGUUUGGUAAUCUGUGCCUCUUCACUAAAAGUAGAGAGCAGGUAUCAUUGUAACUCCAUUUAGAGGUACUCCCCAGUCCCUAUACUUAUUGGUACUCCCCAGGGCAAGUUGGAUUUUAUGCAGUUUAUUUGUGGAGGCUUGCUUAUUUGAGGAAAAAGAAAGCCCAUUCUUCAGUUGUCACUGAGAUAUGUGUGAUUUUGCUCUGACUCUAACACUUUUGCAUUCUUUGCCAUAUUUUACUUCUUGGUAUAAAGAAAAUGAAUGCCUGUAUUUAUUUUCUCUUUUCUUAACUCCCAGCUAGUCCCCCCCCACCCCCAGUUCUUUAUACAGAAAAAAAAGGCUUUUGUUUUUAGAUACAGUUCUUGUUGUGUGGUAGUAUCUACAAACUUCACUGAUACACUAAUAAAAUUUUAGCUUUUUUUAAGUUUUACAUUUUCCUAAGAAAUUGAGUUGUCUCCCAUAAAGCUGAGAUUCUCAUAAUUAGUAAAUUAAGAUGAAAGAUAUGUGCCAACUAUUUAAAGACUUUCAAGAAUAAGGAUUCUCUCUUGGUUAUAAAUUUAAGCUUUUAUAUUACACCCUUCCAAUUCAAUUGAGAACAGAUUGUUUUGAUUUCAUCAAUAAUUUUAUUAUGAAGAUUAGUGUUUUCUUUAGCUAUUUUCCAAGUGAGAUGUCUUAUAGUCCUUUUCAUUACCAAUAAUGCAAUAUACAAGAUGGAUAAGGAUAGAGGGGCCAGGUGGUAGCACAUCUGGUUGAGUGCACAUGUUACAUAUAAGGAUUGAAGAAUAUGAUUGGGAGGAAUUAUCAAUUAGCUAAAUCAACAUGGUCUUUUUUUUUACAUUUUGAAUUUGCAAUGUGGCUAUUCUGUUUCAUUUUCACUUUCCUUCUAAAUGAAACUUUUUUUUUUUUUUGCCUCCAGGGUUACCACUGGAGCUCGUGCUGGCACUAUGAAUCAGUGGCUCAGGCAGUUUUUUUUUUUUUUUAAUUGGAUAGAACAGAGAGAAAUUGAGAGGAGAGGGGAAGAUAGAGAAGGGAAGAGAAAGAUAGAAAUCUGCAGACCUACUUUGCUGCUUGUGAACUGUUCCCCCUGCAGGUGGGGGGCCGAGGCCUCAAACCUGGAUCCUUUCACAAGUCCUUGUGCUUAGUACUGUGUGCGCUUAAGUGGAUGUACUACCACCCAGCCCACAUUCCAAAUGAAACUUAAAGAGCCCCUUCUCUGCUUAGAAAUAGUGGCAUCAUGGGAAAGUAAAAAAUGACAUUUCAUUCUGUUUGGUUUAUUCUGUUAGGUAUAUUUACAGUAUUUUGUUCUAGGGUGGAGGAGCUAGCAUAAUGGUUAUACAAAAACAUUCUCAUGCCAGAGGCUCUAAGGUUCCAGGUUUAACCCUCAGCCUCCCUCACCACCAUAAGCCAAAGCUGAGCAGUACUCUGUAAAAAAAUAAAUAAAUAAAUUUAAUAAUAAUAGUAAAGUACUGAUAAAUAGAAUUAACCUUAUUAAAAAUAAUUGCCUCUCAAUUAUGGCAUCUAUCUUCAGUAUCUACAGGACAUAACUUUCAAGUAUUUCCUAGAGUAUUUAUUGUGGUGCUAUUUGUGUCAUGAAUUGGUGUAAAGAAAAAAAUGAGCUGUUUUUUCUAGAGAGAAAGAAUCUUUUCCAGUACAAAAAGCCUCUCCAGAGUCUUCAUUCUAAUUCUGACAGUGGAAUCAGAGUAGCAGAGAUACUUUGUGAACCACAGUUAAGCUGUGCGUAUUUUCCCACUGAUCUAAGAUUCUUCUGUUAAGAACCUCUAGAAAUUAAUCUGCAGGUUGUAUUAACUAGCUUCCUUCCCAGCUCUGGGGAGACGGCCUGCGGAAUUCUCCCGUCACUGGGCUGCUAUCCAAUUCUGAGAGUCCCUCAGAGUGCAUGUCCCAAGUUAUCAGACCCCUCUGAGUAAAACAGUGUGGCCAGAAACAGAAGCAAGUGGGGGAAUACUCUGUAUGUGCCUGUGUGAGUAUGUACACCUAUGGACUGUUUCACAAGUGUUAAUAUUAGAGAUAGACCUUAAUUUUGUUCCUCCUGCUGUAAAGUGUGAAAUGUACUUGUUUACUGUUACAUACAAGAGAUUAAGAUCCAUAUGAAUCAGAUGUUCAAAGAUAUUUUAAAAAUCUCAAAUUUGGGCAGGGGCUGAUAGCAUAAUGGUUAUGCAAAGAGACUCAUGCCUGAGGCUUUUAAGUCCUAGGUUCAGCCCCUGCCAGAAUUGAGCAGUGCUCUGGUAUAAGCCCACUAUUACAUAUUUUUUUAAAGAAUUCUUAGCCCCAUACCUAUUUCAGCAUUGCUGCUAAUUGUAAUUUUUGGAUUACUGAUGAAUAGAUUACAGAAUUUUUUUAAAAGAUUUUAUUUAUUGAUUGAUGAGAAAGAUAGGAGGAGAGAGAGAAAGAAACAGAUAUCACUCUGGUACUUGUGCUGCCGGGGCUUGAACUCGACCUCACACUUGAGAGUCAAAUGCUAUAUCCACUGUGCCGCAUCCUGGACCACCAGAAUUUUUUUUUUUUAAUCUCUGAAGUUUUUAGAAUGCUUAUGUAGCAUUUUUCUUUUCAAAUGUGGCAUAAGGCAGGGGAUUUAGCUCAAUGGUAGAAAACAUGUAAGGUCUUCUUGAGUUUUAUCCUCAGCACAACAGUAGCAACAGCAACAAAAAAAUUGUGGCUUAGUCAUUUCCUAAAGUAUACUUAAAAUAUUCUUUCCCCUUGGCUUAGUUCACUUGAUAUUUCUGAGUUCCAAAGAUAAAUGAAUUCAGAUAAUUGUCUGCAUAGAUCUAAAUUUUAGUUUUGUGUGCCGGUAUCAUAAAACAUUUAUAAUGGUUUACAGCAUCUAAGCAAAACAUUGUUUCUUUUUCUCAGUUUUCAACUGGCUCACUCUUCUCUACUGCUUUCCAACACACACAAACUAUUUGUAAAUCAUUAUAAGGUAAUGUCUGUGUUAGUAGUGUUUGCUGCCUUCUGUAAAAUGACUGAUCAACUGCAUUCAAAACCCAGCACUCUGACAAGAUCAGUUGACUAGUUUACAUGAUUUGAGAGUUUCAGGAAAAAAGCUUGUUUUCUGUAACUGAAUUUAGUAUGCAACUAACUGGCAUUUCUGUCUUGUUAGUCUCUUACAUGACCUAAGUUUGAAAUAUUUAUUGCUUAAUAAAGUUUAACCAGAGUAACUGAGAAUAGCUAGUAUAAAGAGAAGUCUUUAAAAAUAAUUGUGUUAGUUUUAGUUAGAGUAUAUUGUUUGGAUCAUUUGAAACACUAACAAGUUUUUGAAGCUUCAAAAAAAAUCUCUUCAGCAUAAAAAAUAGAUUGACAAUGUUUCUUUAAUUUAAACUAAUAGGGAAUUAUAGAUUUUCUAGACAUCUUUUUUUGUUUUGUUUUUGCUAUAAUCAUUCAGAAAUCACAUCUUCUAUUAAGAACUAAAACAUUCUCAAUGAUGGCUCUGGUCAUUUCCAUCAUUGUCCAUCUUUUUUUGAAAUGUGUAUCAGUGCUCUUUUAACAACAGAAAGAGAAAAAAAAAAGAGCAAGUUCUUGGGAGUAUGGGAUUGUACCUGUGUAACACGAUUGUGGUUUUGUUAAAAUUGUUACCACUCCUGAAUCCUGCAGUUAUCCUCUAGCUCACAUCCAAAUAUGAAAGAAAUCUAUAGCCUAUUGAAGAUGCAGUUUCUAGUGACUCAUUUGGGCCUCAUAAUUUAGAACAUUAUACUUACAACCACUGAUUGUCUAGGAUUUUGACACACUUUUAAAUAUAAUCCAAAGGAAGCAAAGUCAAACUUAUCCAAAGCAAACUUUGCAGGGGUUUUCCCCACCCGAAAUAGAUUUUAGGGUAGAAGUGGGAAAGGCUUUUGUGUGACUUCACACAAAUAUUUUUGGCAAAGCUACACCAGAAUGGAUGACUCUUCAGCAUGCAUUUGAAAUGGGUGGAUUAGAUCUGAUUGUAGCUUUGGAAGUUUUGGGGGUAAAAAAAGAGUGACAGAUCUAUAGAUUUUUGACUUGUCUUCAUGAUUAUUUUUAUUAUCGAGUAUAAAGAAGCCAUUCACAUGAAUGGCUAACUUUGCAUGGAUUUCUAUUUCCCUUGUGCUGCUCCUACCUGAACUCAAACCAGCUGCCAUACUGAAAUGAGAGCACUCAGGGUGAACGUAGUUGCGUUACUUUAGAAAUGAUCAAAAUGCUUUCCAUGGCGAAGCCUUCAGUAUUUGGCUGAAUGCAGAGUAUGCUGAAGUGGCAAGUCAGUGAUAAGUUUUUAAGCCUAACCUUAUUUGCACUUUUGUAUACCACUGCUUGCACUAGCAUUUAACAUGAAUUUUAACAAUUGUUUUUACAAUGAAUUCAGAUUGUUAAGGAUAAUUUAUAUAUAAAGAUGUUUCUGUUUACAUGGUUAAAUGUUCUUGAAUUGUGUUUAUAUGUUCUUUUGAUUAUGUUCCAUUAUCUUUUCACCCCAUAUGAAUUUUAGUGACAGGAAUAGAACAAUAAAAUGCUAACCUGGCCUUUGAAAAA